CAAAUUAAAAGAUUCAGUUUGAUCAUCAUCUUGUUAUUUUAUACAUUGGAUAAUAUAUAUAUGUAUAUGAAUAAAUAAUGAAAAAAACUACACUUUGGUUUAAUGAUUGGUUGGAUCGACAAAUAUUUCUUAUUUGGACAUUAGAAUGGAUGAUAGCUACUAUAACAUUAUAUAUCAUUAUAAUGGCAACUCGAGAUAUAAUUGGACCAAUUGCUUUAUUAUUUGAAUCAUUAGAGAAUUUAUUUCGUGGUAUUGUUAAAGCUGUAGAUGAACAAUAUACAAAAUCAAAUGUUGAUUUUACUGGUGAACAACCUCAAUUUUUAUUUCGAUUACUUCGAGGACCAUUACCGACUAUCAUUUUUAUACAUUUAACAAUAAUCUUGAUGAAUGCAAUUUGUAUUCUAUUUGGAUUACUUUUUCGUGCAGAAUAUUUUGUGAAAUGUAAUAUGUUCAUAUUAAUUUCCCUUUUAAUUGCGGAUGCGGCUGUAUUUUUAACAUGGAUUUAUAAAGAUCCUAAAACAACUGUAGGGAUGUUUUUAGAUGAAUUACAAAGGGUUCAAAUUCAAUAUUUAGGUGCUGAAACAAAUAAUUUUCCAACAUUAUUGUUCAAUUAUGUUCAUCAACAUUUUCAUUGUUGCGGUAUGAAUGACUACACUGAAUGGUUAAAUUCUACUAUAAAAUGGAAAAGAAUGGUAACUUAUGAUAAUAUAACGUAUGAAAUUAAAAUACCGAUUAGUUGUUGUCCAAACCUUACCAAUGAUCGAUUACCGGAUUGUGCACGAUUAAACUCAAAUUAUCCACCUUUUAUUCAGGGUUGCGGUGAAAUACUAACAUAUAAUCCAAUAUUUGAUACUACAAGUAUUUCUGAGAGAUUUUAUAUACUGGUAUACUUUGUCGCCCAUAUUAUUACAAUUAGUUUAUACGUUGUCAAGACUACUUUAUUAAAACAAAAAAGUGAAAUAUUAUUCCUUUAUCAUGAAGGAAAACUUCAAACAACUAAUGAAAAUGAAACUUAUUUAAACAAUAAUAAUAAAACUUUGGAUGAUGAUGAUAAUAUAAUCAAUACUGUAAAUGAACAAUCCAUUGCCACGAAUACUGUUAGAGGAUUCGGUUAUAACUUUGUUAAACCUCAUAAAAAUGACAGUCAUUUCUAUUGAUUAAAUUGGCAUAAAUCAACAUAGAAACAUAAAAGAAC